AUGGCUCCGAAACGAAGAAAUACUCGUAAACAACCGAAUUACCAACUUCCCACCACGGAGGCAGAGUUGGAAGCUUUGUUGGAACAGCGCAUUGCUACCACCAUUGCACAGUAUGAAGCAAACCGUGUCGAUUCCAGCGGCGGUACUGGAGGCUCCGGAGGUUCUGGACCUGGAGGAUCAGGAACGGGUGGGAACAUUGUGAUUGGAGGUACUACCAUUCCAGGGUGCACUUAUAAGGCGUUCCUCGACUGCAAGCCUCUAAACUUCAAUGGUACCGAGGGAGCCGUUGGGUUUGUACGUUGGGUGGAGAAGACGGAAUCGGUGAUCCGUAUCAGCAAAUGUACCCCGGAACAAACGGUGAUGUAUGUUACUUGCCUCUUUCUGGAUGAGGCGUUGACUUGGUGGAACCUUCAGGUUCAAACAUUAGGUGAUGAGGCCGCUUAUGGGAUGACAUGGGAAGGACUUCGGGAAUUGAUGCGAGAAGAGUACUGCUCGAGAGCUGAAAUCCAAAGACUAGAGACAGAAUUUUGGAAUCUAACUAUGAUCGGCGCUGAUGUUGCGGGGUAUACGCAACGGUUCCAUGAUUUGUCCAGGGUAGUUCCCUACCUUGUGACACCGGAGUUCAAGAGAAUCGAACGAUAUAUAUGGGGUUUGGCACCUGAAAUCCGUAGCAUGGUUACCUCGUCUCACCCUGCUACAAUCGAAGUGCAGUGA